UAGUUAUUAGUUAUAAUGGCGUGCUUAUCUCUUGAUGAAACCAUGCGGAUAAAAUACUUUGCUGUGUCUAGAAACAUGAGCUUAGUACAUAUGCAGUAUGAAGAUGAGGUUCCUGGUAGCAUGCCAGCACUUGAUCUGUUCUCCAUUUUUGUAGUCUUAGUUGAACGAUGCAAAUUUGAGCAUGAGACCGUGCUAAUUUCAAUCGGUAUGUUGGUUUCAGUGUUCGACUGUUGCUUCGCCGCGGAGGCCAUGGGUGAGGAUGAGUACAGGGAUUACUUGAGUGGCAUUGUUGCGCAGUUGCAGGACUACUUUCCCGAUGCGUCAUUCAUGGUCUCCAAUUUCUGGUCUGGGGACAAGAGGAGUCGGAUUUCAGAUGUAUUGUCUGAGUACGACAUGACAGUCAUGGACUACCCACAGCAAUACGAAGGUUGCCCACUCCUUCAGCUCGAGAUGAUCCACCAUUUCUUGAAAUCAUGUGAAAAUUGGUUGUCAGUGGAAGGGCAGCAGAACAUGCUUCUAAUGCACUGUGAAAGAGGGGGAUGGCCAGUGCUUGCAUUCAUGUUGGCUGGACUACUUCUAUAUCGGAAAACGUACACUGGUGAGCACAAGACUCUAGAGAUGGUCUACAAGCAGGCUCGCAGGGACUUCAUACAACAAUUCCUAAAGUUGAAUCCCCAGUCUUCUCAUCUGAGGUAUUUGCACUAUGUAACAAGACAUGGAAGUGGUUCAGAAUGGCCUCCAAUUAGCCGGCCUCUCAUAUUGGAUUCUGUAGUUCUCCACACAGUUCCUAGAUUUGAUUCCGAAGGGGGCUGUAGGCCGUAUUUGCGUAUUCACGGGCAAGACUCGAGUCCUGGUAACAAGAGUGCAAAGGUUCUUUUUGAGACGCCCAAGACCAAGAAACAUCUCCAGCGGCAUGGGCAGGCUGAAGUUUCGGUGAAAAUUAGUGCUUCUUGCCGUGUUCAGGGAGACGUGGUUCUUGAAUGCAUCCACAUUGGCGAAAAACUAGAUCGCGAGGAAACAAUGUUCCGCGUCAUGUUCAACACUGCAUUCAUUCAAUCAAAUGUCCUUGGAUUGAAUCGUGAUGAUAUUGAUGCUGCGUGGAAUGUGAAUAAUCAGUUCCCAAGGGACUUCCGAGCUGAGGUACUCUUUUCAGACCCUCAUCCCUUCAAGCCCGCUGCUGCAUUAGAAGAGGUAGGCGACGACGGAGAUGAGACUGACGUUGCUUCCGUAGAUACAGGAGAUGAGUUUUAUGAGGCAGAGGAGGAUUGGCAUGAUGCUAGGAGAGAUCCAGAUACUCAGUCAACUGACGGAAAAAUUUCAUUAGAAGUUGGCAACACAGAAUCGGAUGGUGGGGUGGCAGUUGAGGAAAACGGCAGCCUAGGGAAGCAUGCGAUUGAUGAGGAUGUGAAGAUUAUUAUCUCCGAAAAUUCAGGUAGCAUGAAUGACAAUGGGCCAGCACCUGCUCCAACUUUGGAAAAUCCAGGAGGUUUACAGCAGGCAUGCAAGGUUCUCGAGAAGUCUAAACUAAGCAACAUAAGUGACCAAGAGGACAAUGCUGUGCAGGACAUACAGGUGGUUGCUGCUUCUAUAGAUUCAGAAGGGCGCAAGUUUGGAUCAAACUGUCAGGAGGAUACGAAAGGUGUAAUUGCACAAACUUUAGUUACUGCAACAGAUCCAAGUUGCAGUGAUGAAGUUCAGUGUCACACAGGUGAAUCCAUGAAAAUAUCGACGUACACUGAUCUGGACUACACUGCUUUCAGUUCUCCUAGAAUAUUAUCAAGUGUGGACGAGCAUAUCCACUUAAGGACAUUGCCAAAUGAAGGACACCAGAAUGGUGACAUCAAGAUUAUUACCGAAAACACAGUAACUUUGGACAGUGAGCUACUGAUCUAUGAGGAGAAAGCAGUAGUUGAUAAUGGAAACUUUGUGCAGGAGGUAAAAACUGUUGUCAAGGAAGAGAGUGUUAUUUCAAAGAUAGACAGAACUGCUACUGAGAAUAUUGUCUCAGAAGAUAAUAACAGUUACAAUGUAGAACUGGUUAAGGUUGCUGAUACAGCUGACAGAAGACUGAAUCAUAGUAAAUCGAAAUCUGGUCUUGGAGAUACCAUACAUGCGAAGAAAAGCAGUCUGCAGGAUAGUAUUGUUGUAUUACCAGCUAAUGAAAUAUCAAUAGAAAUGAAAGCCAAGCGAGAAGAGUUUGGUGGCAGACAGGAUUUUGGCAUGCCUCUUCCUCAAAGAAAAACAGAAGCUAGGGAUGAUAAAUCCUUGUCCUCAGUAUCAAAGAAGAUACCAGUAGGUAAUGCACCUGGGUCAGUGUUACUGGAGGCAAUGCUUGGGCAUAACGAACAACUGGAAGAACAAUCAAAGCCGGCCAAACCAAAAACAAUACGUAGAUGGAUCUCACCCAAGAAGGAAUCUGAAACUGCCUCUGUGCGUAGGCCAUCGCACCCUCCAUCCAGAUAUGACAGUUCUCCAGCUGCACUAGCUAUCCGUUCCGUGUCUACAGAUAACAAAGGCAAUUUUGUGAAAGGACCAUCUCUAGUACUACCUGGAACGCUGUGCACAAGCUGCGCCAAGAAUCCAAGCUACAGCUCCUGCUCCACCCCCACCACCACCACCUCCAUUUUAUGCUUCUUCAAGUUCAGCUACACACCUAGCACCACCUCCUCCACCACCACCACCGCCACCACCACCACCACCACCGGCUUCAGCCGACCAGGUGCUCCACCUCCCCCACCUCCACCUGGAGCUGGAGGGAGAGCACCUCCACCACCACCUGCACCUGGAGGAAGGCUUGGUGGGCCUCCUCCACCUCCUCCUCCAGGUGGCCGUGCACCAGCUCCUCCUAGAGCACCAGGCGCUCCACCACCACCAGGAGGCAAUCCUACAAACUCUUUAGGUAGAGGGCGUGGUGCUGUACGUCCUCCAGGGUCAGGUUUUGGGCCUGCAGCCGCACGCAAAUCAACAUUAAAGCCGCUGCAUUGGGUCAAAGUGACAAGAGCUAUGCAAGGCAGUCUCUGGGAGGAAUUGCAGCGAAAUGAUGACCCACAUAGUGUAUCGGAGUUUGAUUUGUCAGAGCUCGAGAGCCUUUUUCCAGCAGCCGUACCAAAAACGGAUAACACCUCCAAAACCGACAGAAGAAAAUCUCUUGGAUCAAAGCCAGAGAAAGUUCAGCUGAUUGAGUUGAGGAGGGCAAACAACACGGAGAUCAUGCUUACAAAAGUGAAGAUGCCGCUGCCAGACUUGGUGAGUGCGGCACUGGCACUUGAUCAGUCUACCUUGGAUGUUGAUCAAGUGGAGAAUCUCAUAAAGUUCUGUCCUACGAAAGAGGAAAUGGAGCUUCUUAAGAACUACACCGGAGACAAGCAACUUCUUGGGAAAUGUGAACUGUUCUUCCUAGAACUGAUGAAAGUCCCACGAAUGGAGUCAAAACUGAGAGUAUUCUCCUUCAAGAUCCAGUUUGGUUCACAAGUCGCAGAUCUUGGGAAAAGUUUGAAAACCAUAGACUCUUCAUGUAAUGAGAUCCGAAGUUCUCUCAAGUUGAAGGAAAUAAUGAAGAAAAUACUGCUCCUUGGAAAUACGUUGAACCAGGGAACUGCUAGAGGUGCUGCAGUUGGCUUCCGGUUGGAUAGUUUGCUAAAACUUACAGAUACCCGGGCAACAAACAAUAAGAUGACAUUAAUGCACUACCUCUGCAAGGUGCUUGCUGCAAAAUCACCACAGCUUUUGAACUUCCAUGUGGAUCUUGUUAGUUUAGAAGCUACAUCAAAGAUACAACUGAAAAUGUUAGCAGAAGAAAUGCAAGCAGUCAGUAAAGGGCUGGAAAAAGUUGAGCACGAGUUUAAAGCUUCAGAAAGUGAUGGUCCAGUGUCAGAAAUUUUCCGUGAGAAACUGAAAGAGUUCACUGAUAAUGCUGGAGCAGAUGUGCAGUCAUUGUCUUCAUUGUUCUCUGAAGUGGGAAAAAAGGCUGAUCAAUUGAUCAAAUAUUUUGGUGAGGAUCCUGUCCGUUGCCCAUUUGAGCAAGUUAUGUCUACCCUGUUGACAUUUGUAACAAUGUUCCGGAAAGCACACGAGGAGAAUAUCAAGCAAGCCGAGCUUGAGAAGAAAAAAGCUCAAAAAGAGGCAGAAGCAGAGAAGUCUAAUAAUGCUCAGUUGGCCAUUUACUCAACCUCAAGCGUUCGUUUAUUUAUGUUUUUUGAUGUGCUCAUAGGACUCGAAAGCAUCGAAUCCAAGCCGACAAGCGAAACAAACGUUAGAGAAAACAAGAUCUACAAGUAG